CAAUACAAAACACCGACAUUAUUUUUUUACCAGUGUAAAUUAUUACAGAUAAAAAAAAUAUAUAAUAAAAUAUAAAUUAAAUUAAAAUUAAAUUAUAUAUUUAAUACAAAUUAAAAAUCGCAUAGAUAUCUGUAAAAGCUAUUUAAAAGAUAGAUCAAUUCUUUCAGAUAUAUUUUUUCAAACUUCAGUAUACAAAAAUUGUACAAUAUUAAAAUUGCAAAAAUUUGUACGAUAUUACAAAAUAAAUAAUAUAAAUAAAAACUCUUAUAUUUUUAAAAUCAAUAAUUGUUUAAAAUAAGAGAUAGAUCCUUUUUUACGGUUAAAAUGUAAAGUAGAAGAAACGAGGACGAUUAGGAGAUUAAAGAGAGAACCCUCUUGCCUCGAGAAAGGGGGUCGAAGAGCGCUACCCAAAUACGAUAGGGACACACAAAAGAAAGAAAGAAAGAAAGAAAGGAAUAGCAAGGAAGUUCUCGUCGUGUCGGUUCGGCGAAUGCACUCCCUGCGUGUGUGCUCCUUACUCGAGCGCGAGCCAGGACCCUUCCUGAAGUUAAUGAUUUGGUCAUUGCGAUGGGUGGCGGUGGCGGUAGAGAGUGGUGGAAACGAAGUGGUGUGGGCCCGGCGUGUAGAGUAGGAGAAGAGUGCGCCAGGAGGGCAAGAGAAGGAGGAUCGGACUGCACAGGAAAGUAAGCCCGAUCCCAGUUCGAACGCUUCGGUUCGGUCUUACGGGUUUAGUCUUGAACGGGGAAUUGUUACCGUGGCUGAUCGAUAGGAUCGGAUUAGACCCCUGAAGGGUCUAGAUAUCGUCGAUAUACACCGCGGUUGUUAUCACCUAGAGCGGGCUGGCGCCAUGCACCGUUUGCGGCUCCUCUAAGAAGGGUGACUAAAAAGCGUUCUGAUCAUCCCUUCCGAGGAGUGAUCCUUGAGGUUCGUUUGAAGGAAGGAAUCCGCGAGAUAGAAUUCACGGGCCGAGGGUAAGCUGCUCCCGGAAGAUUUCCCGGCAAUUCAAUGCCACACGUAGGCAAUCCGUCAGCUAAACCCGCGAAGAGAAGGCAAAGGCUACAAGUACCGGUCACCCUCAAAAAAUGGUGGCCGUGGUGGUUGCUGCUACCAGGAUGUUUGGCAUCGUGGACGCGAUACGUGGAGGAGUACGACUCCAUUAGAGUGGCCAGGUGCGACGCCCAGUGCGGUGAGAAUCAGCCUGACCAGUGCGUGGCAAAUUGCUUGGCGUCGAAUUACACGAAACCUGGUUAUUGUCCCGAGAGAAUGUCCAUGACGCCCUUCGAAGCCGCUUGUUUGAUCGCCUGCGUCGACGACUCCCGCUGUCCGGAUUUGGCCAAGUGUUGCUCCCACGAUUGCGGCAUCACGUGCAUGCAUCCCAUCGGUUUGGACAGUCGAAACGAUCUACCAGCUGUGCCUGAAAAUCUACAGAUACAACAGCAAAAGAGAAAUCUCAUACUUCUAACAUGGCGCAACAGCAGGUCGGGUGUCAGCAAUAUGUCCGCCGAAGUCAACAACAGGGAUGUUCGAUAUCUGGUUGAGGAGCGUCAUCUAGUCGGCCCCAGGUACAUGGAAUCCAGAUUGAGUUCCUGGACCGUAUGUCACGUGUCGACGAAGCCGCACGUGACUCUCCGAGGUACGCUAAAAACAGGACACUGGUAUCAGUUUCGUGUGGCAGCUGUCAAUGAAAAUGGAUCACGCGGAUAUUCACAGCCUUCCAGACCCUUUAAAACGAAAGAACCGCGGAAUCCAAAGGAACCACUGAACUUGACCUUGUCCAAUGCGCGACUUGUCGGUGGAAAGCUGCGCAUUAAUUUACGGUGGAUUAAACCGACAUCGGACGUGCCGAUAUCGUUUUACAAGGUGUUUUGGAGUAGAUUUAUCCACGGACCAACAAACGAUUCUAUUCUCGUCUACCACAAGACGAUUUUUAAA